AUGGUUCAUUCAUCAGCAGCAUCGGCCAUUAGCGCUAUAGAGCGCGCAUGCUCGAUCCCUAGUCUUCUUGGUUCACUCUUCAUCAUCGCCACUUACUGUUCUUCGAAGCUGUUUCAUAAACCCAUCAGCAGAAUGCUUUUUUACGCAUCCUUCGGAAACAUGAUGUGUAAUGUCGCUACACUUAUAUCCAAUAGUUUUGUCAAUCAUCCCAACUCUGCUGGAUGCCAAACGCAAGCGUUUCUGAUCGAGACAUUCAUGUUUGCAGACGUCUUCUGGGCCUUAUCUAUGGCUACGAAUGUGUAUCUUACUUUCUACCACCGAUUUGAUGGCAUCAAGUUGCGUAAACUGGAGCCGCUUCACAUCAGUUUAUGUUAUGGUAUUCCUUUCAUUAUAGCUAUCACUUUUCUUUUUGUAAAGAACGGAGACGGUGUUCGCGCAUACGGUAAUGCGAACUUGUGGUGUUGGCUCACUGUACAGUGGGAUGCUUGGCAGCUUGCUACUUACGGACUGAUCUGGCUAAUCAUCUUUAUCGCCUUUGCUUUAUAUGUCCGCGUCGGAGUUACCAUCUACAAAUGGAGAAGACGCUUGCAUGGCUUCUCAUACUCGAACGAUCGAACCAAUCUGUCCCAAGUCCCACCAAAUCCAGAUCUUUCGGGCAUUGCCAAAACCACCGAUAUCACUAUUACAACGUUGGAUUCUCCGCCGCCUGUUUCUGGACAAUCUCUUCGACCUGCAACUAGACCCGAUCCAGUCCAUUCAGCAGAUAUUUACGCUGGUCCUGCACCACCCGUCGUACCCUCCUACGAGCAACACAAUACGAGAACUAAGAACUCAGAUCGUGUUAAACGCAGCCCGAGCGACGAGGCAGCAAUGUCCUACGCCAAGACCGCCCUUUUGUUCUUCACAGCCAUGCUUAUCACAUGGAUUCCCGCGAGCGCGAACCGUCUAUAUAUUCUCAUCGACGGUAAAGCAUCUGUACAGCUGGGAUAUGUAAGCGCUUUUGUACUCCCUCUGCAAGGCUUCUGGAACGCUUUGAUCUACUACUACACUUCACGAGCCGCGUGUAAGCAGGUCAUUGGUAGUAUGCGGACUGGUCGUCGCCGCCUAGAGGAGAGCGAUCCUAAUGGGUCUAGCUUUGCUAAUGGAAUGAAUGGUGCCAAUGAAAGUAGUUUUCAGCUAGAACAAGUGAAAAGUGCCAAGACGAAGUACGAUGUCGGGGAUACAGAGAGCACGGCAUCACUAACAGAGAGGGUUUAA